AUGGUACGAGCUGCGGCCGGUCGGCCCGCGGCCUCUGCCGCUGGGCAGGAGCGCUCCCCGCGGCCCCCUUCCGGCUGCGGGGGACAAUCCUCUGGAGACUCGGCGCGGCCAGGCGCAGACCUCUCACAGCUCGCGUGCGCCGCGCAGCUCAGUAACAUCCACCUCCGGGGUUCUUCUCCUGUAGCCCCCUUCCAAGAGUCAGGAAAAAAAAAAAAAAUCCCUUCAGGAGGGCUCUCCGGGUCUCUCCGGAAAGCGAGCUGGGGAGCGGCGGGGAGAGGAGCGCGUGACUGGCCGGCCGACCCGCCGCUGUGCUCUGACCAGAGUUCUCCUCGGGGUCCAGUCGCUCCUCGCGGGAAAGGCGGGAGUGGCGGCCUCCUGAGGCGUGAAAAUCCACGUCACGGACGUUUGAGGCUCCGCGGCGCCCGGGACGGGGCUCGAACCGGCGUCCGCGGACGAGUCACGGAGCCGCGCUGGGAGUACACGCCUGAGAGGCCCGAGCGCCGCUCCCCGCGGGUGGGGGUGGGUGGGAUUUUGGUUUUUACCCGCUUUUUUAGGGGCGGUGGUGAAGGGAGCGAGGUUUGGGGGUUCUCCUCCGGGGAGGAGGCGGGGCGUCGUCCCUCGGCCCCCGCGCAGGUCCAGGCACUUUCCCGAUCCCGCACGCCGGGCAAGUGGGGGCACGGCGUCCCUGGGAACUCCGGUCCUGGCAGUCAGCCUCUCCCGGGCAGCGAUCACUCCCAGUCCUCCGACCCUCCUGUUCCGCGGCCGAAACGCCUGCUACAAACGAUUAGAGAUAAGAACACGUUAAUUUCCCUUUCUUUCCAGGCACUUGGACUGGCCGCGCGCUCCGCCGCCCGGGCGAAGAGUGGAGUGGAGCGGGCCGCUCGCCAGCUCGCCCGCCGCCCGCACCCAUGUGCUGGCUGUUGCUGCUCCCUGUGA